AUGGCUUUGGAGUCCUUUAACGAGGCCAAGAGCGGCGGAGUCGACACCGUCGUCGAAGUUUCUCCUAUGGACCUGGGACGGGAUGUUCUUCUCAUGAAGGAAGUUUCGGAAAGAACGGGGGUGCAGUUCAUCUGCUGCACUGGCUGCUGGCUGGAUAUUCCGCGAAGCUUCUGGGGCAGGGACAAGGACUUCAUCGCGGACCUUUGGGUGCGGGAAAUUGAGGAAGGGAUCGAGCAGGAAGAGUUGAUGCUGCGGGUCUCUGCCCGCACACACCUGCGCACCGGCGUUCCCAUUACCACGCACACGCCAGCCGAGUCACGGAUAGGCGUGGAGCAGGUGCGAAUCCUCAAAGAGGAAGGUGUAGAGGCUCAUCACGUAUAUGUGGGGCACAUCAACAACACUCUUGAUCCGGACUAUCACCGGGAGCUGGCCCGGCUCGGGGUCUGGCUGGGAUGGGACAUAAACAAUCCCUUCGGCCACCCGAACCUGCCUCCUUGGCAGCAAAGGACCGACUAUCUGAAAGAGCGACUAGACGAAGGCUUGGCCUCCGGCCUGAUGCUUUCCCAUGACUGGAACAUUGUGCUGUCCCGCAUUGGCUCGCCGGGCAUGCCCAGCAGGGAUCAGAAUCCUGACGGAUAUCUCUGGCUCAGCCGCGCUGUAAUUCCCAGGCUAAUGGAGUCCGGGGUACCUGAAACAGUCAUCGACCGGAUGAUGGUCGACAACCCCAGGAGGUACUUCGAGGGCGUGCGCCCGUCUGACUAA